AGUGGGGCGGGGCUCCCGGUUCCAGGAGAGUUCGCAGCUGCGCGCCGGGUGCUGGAGGCUGAGGCAGCUCUCGCCCGUUGUCCCCGCAGUCCCCGAGGCGAGCGCCAUGGCCCAGCCGCCGCCCGACGUGGAGGGGGACGACUGUCUCCCCGCGUACCGCCACCUCUUCUGCCCGGACCUGCUGCGGGACAAAGUGGCCUUCAUCACAGGUGGCGGCUCUGGGAUUGGGUUCCGGAUUGCUGAGAUUUUCAUGCGGCACGGCUGCCAUACGGUGAUUGCCAGUAGGAGCCUGCCGCGAGUGCUGACGGCCGAGGCUGCAGGGCUGCUGUCUGCCUCUUUACCUGGCUUCCAGGCCGCCAGGAAGCUGGCUGGGGCCACCAGCCGGCGCUGCCUCCCUCUCUCUAUGGACGUCCGAGCACCCCCAGCUAUCAUGGCCGCUGUGGACCAGGCUCUGAAGGAGUUUGGCAGAAUCGACAUUCUCAUUAACUGUGAGUCGGUGCUGAGUGAGGCUCCAGCAGCUCCUGCGGUCUCCCAUUCUGCAGGUGCAGCCGGGAACUUCCUGUGCCCCGCCGGCGCCUUGUCCUUCAACGCCUUCAAGACCGUGAUGGACAUCGACACCAGCGGCACCUUCAACGUGUCUCGUGUGCUCUACGAGAAGUUCUUCCGGGACCACGGAGGGGUGAUUGUGAACAUCACUGCCACCCUGGGGAACCGGGGGCAGGCACUCCAGGUGCACGCAGGCUCCGCCAAGGCCGCUGUGGACGCGAUGACACGGCACUUGGCUGUGGAGUGGGGUCCCCAAAACAUCCGCGUCAACAGCCUCGCCCCUGGCCCCAUCAGUGGCACGGAGGGGCUCCGGCGACUGGGUGGCCCUCAGGCCAGCCUGAGCACCAAGGUCACUGCCAGCCCGCUGCAGAGGCUGGGGAACAAGACCGAGAUUGCCCACAGCGUGCUCUACCUGGCCAGCCCUCUGGCUUCCUACGUGACGGGGGCCGUGCUGGUGGCCGAUGGCGGGGCAUGGUUGACGUUCCCAAACGAUGUCAAAGGGCUGGCGGAUUUCGCAUCCUUCUCUGCUAAGCUCUAGGUGCUGGGUGGCUGAGGCAGCCGAGGUGUUUUAGGAGGAAGCCGUCCUCAGCCGGCUACUAAGUUCUGAAACUCCUGCAGGAAUCUUCCGGCCACUGCUUCCCGCUGCCUCACACAGCCAGGUGGAGAGCACCAAUCUGAACCAGCAAUGCCUGCAGCCCAGCCCCUCCUCUGAACGCUCAGCUAUUACUGUGCUUUCCCUCCCCACGGCCCCAACUCCAGGGCAGGAGCAACUGGACAGUGGGCCUGGCCCGUGGAGCUGCCACGAAGGUGCCUGAGGGCCAGGUGCCACGCAGGUGUCUGAGGGCCAGGUGCCAUGCAGGUGUCUGAGGACCAGGUGCCACGCAGGUGGUGGGGGUACAGACGAUGCUGGGAUGUCCCCUGCCCCAUGGUCAAGGGUGUCCUGCCUACCUGGGUCCAGGGCCUGAGGGAGCCACAUGGAUCCUGAGACUUGUGUUCUCUUGGCUGAAAACACUGAGGUGCUCCCAUCUGUGCGUGGCCCAUGAGCUGGGACGGUCCUCCACCUGCCCACAAGUUCCGCCUCUCUGUCUCUGCACCACCUGUUUGCAUAAACACACUUUGCUACAAUCUUGCUAGUGCAUUUUCUUAAAAGAUAAUCUAUUUACUGUAAAAAUAAAUUGGACUUUGCAAAAGCUUUUAGAAGGAAAAGAAAGAGGAUUAAAGAGAAUUGCUGGUGA